UUAUAGGGCCUCGUUUCCCCCAUCCGCCAUAGCCUUCAGCAGCUUCGGCUUCGAACUUCAGGCCGAAGCCGAACCUUACAGCCUCCUCUCCCCUCCUCCAUCGUCCAUCCCCCACUUUCCCGAGCAGCUCGAGUUGUGAGCUUUUCGACUCAGUUUCAUCGGCAAUUUCAGGAAAAAGGAGCAAAAUGCCUGCUUGGUGGCCGAGGAAGUCCCGGAAGCCCAAGAAGAACUCGCCGGAGUCCCAACCCAUUAGCCCGCAGAGCAAUUCCCACAGCCCCGCCUUCAAAUCACCGGCGAAGAGCGAUGCCCAGAAGAAUAAUCUUCUCAAUGAUCACCAUCGCCACCCCCACAAGAGCAAGGAUGUCGGGGUUGACCGGUUGCCUGGCGGGUCGGGCUUCGAAUCGGACGGUCCCGGCGAGAGCUAUGGCCUCCCCCUCCCCCGGCCUUCCAUCUCCUCGACCCACUCGCUCGGGAAUGAGAACGGGUCGGGAUCGGUCUCGAGCGUGAGCUCGUCGGGCUCCGCGGACGAUCAUCCCUUGCAGCUCGGUGUUCAAAGGAGACCUGCUGAUAUUAAGUUUGCUCCCAGGUCGAGAAGCCCGGGCCCGGGAUCCAGGGGCCCCACAAGCCCCACAUCACCUCACAGCCGAUUUUGCAACAUGAGUCUUGAGUCCCCCAAGUGGUGGCAGGAAGAGUGCCGAAGUUCUUCUCACCCUCUGCCUCUUCCACCGGGUUCUCCCACCAGCCCUUCUUCUGUAUUGAGCCCGAGAAUGCCGAGCCUUGAAAACCCCAAUUCUAAUGUAUCAAAAUGGAAGAGAGGAAAGCUUCUGGGACAGGGAACUUUCGGGAACGUGUAUAUUGGAUUUAACAGUGAAACUGGGCAAAUGUGUGCAAUCAAAGAAGUUCGGGUGGCUUCCGAUGAUCGGUCAUUCAAGGAGAGUCUCAAGCAGCUUAGCCAGGAAAUAAAUUUGCUUAGCCAGCUUUCGCAUCCAAACAUUGUCCAAUACUAUGGAAGUGAACUGGACGAAGAAACUCUUUCUGUCUAUCUGGAAUAUGUGUCUGGUGGCUCGAUACACAAAUUGCUUCAAGAAUAUGGCCCACUAAAUGAACCUGUCAUACAAAAUUACACGAGACAGAUAAUAUCUGGGCUUGCGUAUUUGCAUAGAAAAUCUGUCGUGCAUAGGGAUGUGAAGGGGGCAAACAUACUGGUCGGGACAAAUGGUGAAAUCAAGUUGGCAGACUUUGGCAUGGCUAAGCAUAUAACGGCUUGUGCAUCAAUGCUUUCUUUCAAGGGCAGUCCUUAUUGGAUGGCACCAGAGGUUGUCAUGAACACAAAUGGGUACAGUUUCGCAGUUGAUAUAUGGAGCUUGGGAUGCACGAUUCUCGAGAUGGCAACUUCAAAGCCACCCUGGAGCCAAUAUGAAGGGGUUGCUGCAAUAUUUAAGAUAGGGAACAGCAAAGAAAUCCCAAAGAUUCCCGACCAUCUUUCUAGUAACGCUAAGAGCUUCAUAAGGCUCUGCUUGCAGAGAGAACCGCAAGCUCGACCCACAGCUUUGCAGUUGCUAGACCAUCCCUUUGUUCGAGCAACUGAUGGGAGUGGGACCCGCACACCACCGGCGCUGGACCUUCAUUCUGAGAGGCCGCUUAUAGCAGGUCCUGCUGAUUUGGGCUAUGAAGCCAAUCCUGCUGCCAUGUCUUCUCGAGCUCUAAGAAGCCCGAGAGAAAGUUUUCGGGCGAUCACGUCCCUACCCGUCUCUCCGUGUUCGAGCCCAUUGAGGCAGUUUGGUGCCACGCAUAGGAGCUGCUUUCCAUCUCCACCUCACCCCUAUUCCUCGGCAGGACGGAGUGGGUACAGUAAUAACAAUACUAAUAACAUAAUCGACUUCUGCCUGUAUCCCACAACACCAAACAGGAGGUAUAGCUUCGAUCCUUGGCAGGAGGCCUCUCCUUUCCGAACUCAAACUCCUGGUGGGUCCCCCCCGAGAUCGAGAAUCAUUUAACGAGCGGUGAUGUAAACUUGUAACACUCCCUGAUGACGUGUAAAUGCAAUGUAAUCUUCAUUGUCUUGUAACAGUUUUAGUUCUUAGAAGGGAUAGAGUUCUUGAAUUCAGAGUUCAGCCUAGUGCGAGGUUUGUUUUGGGAAUGAACCAGAGCAAUAAAGCCGAAAGUAUGAGUUUACAA